UCCAGCAGGGAAGGUCUGACCUCGCUGUGUUGGAAGUAGGACGAACUGCUGCCGCACUCCUUGACUCGAGGUAGCUGGUGUUCAGCCUUUCCCUGCCUGCCGCUGUCUCUGCGUCUGCAGCCGCCGCCUCCCCCGCAGCGUGCCCUCCUGCCGCUCCAGCAGGUACCGCGCCCAGGUACCUUGUUUUUGCAACAUGGGCUGUGUCUAUAGAAGAUGGUGGUACCUACAGCUGAGCUGUAUACUAAUGAUGAACCUGGUCACUGCCAAUUUUGAAAUCCAAAAACAAGCUCUUGCAAGUAUCAGUUCAGGGAACCUGGAAGAAAUUGACCAUGAGUGUUGGGAGCUUUGCUCCAUGAUGCUGAUAGAAAUGAAGAAACUGAAGGUGGCAAAUACCGUUCCUGGAUUCUGGAACUUUAUGAUGUUCUUGCAGAAAUCCAAUAGGCCCCGCCAUUAUAAUAUCUUCAUCAACUUAGCCCAGGAUUUCUGGAGUAUGUAUGUAGACUGUGCACUGUCAAGGGCUCAUGGAAUGGGAAGAAGACAACUGACAACCCCCCAGGUUUAUUUCGACAUUUCCGUGGAAGAUAGCAGGAAGGUUGGAUCUUACAAAGCAUUGGUUCUAGGAGCAUGGGGAAGAAGACUAUUAAAACAUCAAACAGGGUGACAUCCACAAUGAGAUGACAGCCAGCUUCCUAAUGGCAAAUCUGAGCUGUCCGUGUUCCUCAGUAUCUUUUCAUGAGGCCUCAUGUUUUCUGACAGUAUUGAUAUGUGAAAAAGUAUCCCAGAAACCAUGAAUUCUGCCCCCCCCCCCCCCACUUUUAAAUACAGGCCAUGAGCACUUUUUUCCCAAACCUCUCUGUGUUGAUUUAGCUCUUUGCAUUUAAUAUUUGUGCUCUCUCAGGUAAUUCGUUAGUGUUAAGUGUCUUUAUUUUUAUCGCGGCCUUCUUUUAAAUGGUACCCUUUUGUUGGACGGCGAACUUUUAACUGCAAUGGAAGUUUGAUGUAUUUUUAUACAUUCACCAAUGAGGCAAAAUGGCAACCAUUCCUUUAUAAAAUAUUGUGUGUUUGAAUAUUCAUUUUAAAAGGAAGGUCAGCAAUAAAUUUUAAAAAGAGAUAUUUAAGCUUAAUGGGCCAUGU